AUGCAGAUGCACGCUCGUGAACUCCAGCGUGGGCUAGGGGGUGAAGUUAAGCCGCACCAAUGCCAGCAGUGCUUGAAAUCGUUCAGCUCGAACCACCAGCUCGUCCAGCACAUCAGAGUUCACACCGGAGAGAAACCUUAUAAAUGCUCGUACUGUGACAGGAGGUUCAAACAGCUGAGCCACGUUCAACAACAUACCAGAUUGCAUACAGGCGAACGUCCUUACAAGUGUCAUUUACCAGACUGCGGAAGGGCUUUCAUACAGCUGUCCAAUCUUCAACAGCAUCUGAGGAACCAUGAUGCUCAGGUGGAAAGGGCCAAGAACCGGCCGUUCCACUGUAAUAUAUGUGGGAAGGGUUUUGCCACCGAAAGUAGUCUGAGAACGCACACGGCAAAGGAGCUUCAGCUGCACCUUGGUGUUUUGCAGCAACACGCCGCACUUAUGAUCGGUGGCGCCACCGCCACACCAUGCCCCAUAUGCCACAAAGUCGUAUUUGGUGGCGAAGCACUUGUAGAACAUAUGAAGAAUACUCACAAGGAUCCAAAUGCGUCCGGCGUUGCCAGUCUUCUAUCCCACAUGGAACAUAUGAGAAUGGAGCCAAAACAUCAGUUCGCUGCACAAUACGUCCUAUCUCGUGCAGCAGCCGAAAGACGAGAGAGAGACAUACUAGCAGCCGUUUCAGCCUCAGCCGGUGGAUCCGGUCUUUUGAACUUAGCACCACCCUCACCUGCUCACUCCGACUCCUCGUCGAACGGUAGACUCUCCUCUUCAGCUGGAUCAGAAGCAGGUGCUGCAGUUAAUAAACUAACAGAUUUACUACGAUCAGCCAACAACGGGCACCAAGCGUAUGGGGAUGAAAGAGUCGCAGCGAUCGCAGCAGCUGCUGCCAACAUGAUGGCUCAGCCAGGGGAAGGGGCAAAUGCUGUGCAAGUUGCUGCUGCGAAUCUUGUGUCAGCGAUGAGACAGCAGUUAGCUAGAGAACCACCACCAGCACAGCCACCAGCUGAAACGCCUCCAGCGCCAACCGAGGCGGCACUCCGAAUCCAGCAAGCCGAAGCACUUCUUAGAAGUCAAGCAGAGGCUUUGAGGUUAGCUGUCUCUCAAGCCGCCGCUGCGCAUAACCCUGAAUCCGUUAGCCCCUUAAGACAUAAUGGUGGUUUUCCCCCACCACCACCGAACGACGCAAGCGGUCAACUAUCUCCGGAAUUAGUGGAAGCAUUCAGAAUCGCUCAGGAGCAGAGGUUGGAACAAGCGCUGCGAUUGCACGAUCCGAGGAUGCUCGGUUUCAAUUUACCAUCGCCCGUACAGCAGGCAGCACAGCAAGCAGCGCAACAGGCUGCCCAACAGGCAGUAGCUGCCCAACAAGCCGCAGCGCAGCAGGCAGCACAACAAGCUGCCCAGCAAGUGGCACAGCAGGCCGCCCACGCAGCGCAGGCGGCGCAGCAGGCCGCCCAGCAGGCCGCGCAGCAGCAGCACAUGCAGCAGCAGGCGGCCCAGGCAGCCCAAGCGGCUCAGCAGGCGGCCCAGCAAGCUGUCCACCUCCAACAAAACACCCAGCCAUGAAAAUUUAGCUAUUACUAAUCCGAAGCGAUUUCAUCAAAUAAUAACCUAAUUUUGAAUUCAUAGAAAAAAAAAGUAUAUUCUCGGUAUAUUUUGCACAAAACAAUUUUGAUACGGAGGGUGAAUGAAAUCGCCUCUGGUUGGUAAUUUCGUGUCUGUUUUCAAAAUACCUGAACCCGUUUUGGACUUUAUUGAUUUCACUGUUAUUUUAUCCGGAAAAAAAAAUUGUGAAAAUAAAUUAUUAACGAUAAAUCUUAGAUAGAACUAACUAUUGUAAAUAACUGAGGCUUAGUUGAAAUUGUUUCUCGUGUAAAUAUAAAAUGAGGAAAAAUAUUGAUUAUACAAAUAAAAUCAGCAAAAUGGAACAAGAACUCGCCCGAACAAGUAAUUAGUCGUAGAAAACAUUAUGACAAAUAAUUGUAAUUUUAAACAUUAUUCUGUGCAAUCUUCAUUAAUUAUUUGUUUGGUUAUUAACUGAGUGUUGACAUUAUUAUUACUAUUAUUAUUAUAAAUGAAUUAUUUAUUUUUGAUUAGCUUUACCACGGAGUGUAUUUCUUAGUUUAGUACAAAAUUUUUGGAUGUGCCAAACUGAUUUUAAGCACUUUUAUUAAUCGCAUUUAGCGGAACAAUGCAAUCAUGUUGCCUAUUAAGUUUCUAAGUAGUUACUAAAGAGACAUAUUUUAUAUUAAUUAAUAUUAUGAUUUUAACUAUUCUUGCAAUAACACGUCUUAUGCUAGUCACAAUUGAACGCACAAAUUUUAUUCUAUAUUUGAAAAUUUAAAAAUCGAAACAUAUUUUUAUUUUAUUUUUUUGUUUCCAUUUAAAACUAAAUUUGCUAACUUUCUUGGCAUAUGUAUGUUUUUUAUUUUAUUUUUACAAUAAUUGCCAUAUUAGUUUAUAGAAUAUGUACAUACGUAGGCGCGUUACGUAAAGUUAUGUCUCUUUUAUUCGUAAAUGAGAAUAAUAACAUUGUUUAUUUUUUACUAAAACUAUUUUUUAUUUUAACAAGAAAAAUGAUUAUUUACACAAUAAUUUGUAUAGUUGUAUAUAUAAUUAUUGAUUAUUAUUAUUUCUUUCCAGAAGACUGCCGUUACUUAUCCGUUUUAUGUAAAUAAAUAAUUGACUGUAACUGACUUGAAAAUGUAUGUGAUUUAAUAAAAAAAUAGCGAUUUUUCACUCCACUAACGUACACAAUAUCUACAUAACAGGACAAUACUAUAUAGAAUACGUAAAAAAAACCUAAAGUCGGAGACAAAUAUAGUAUAUUUAUAUCUAACAUAACAUCUAACUUCGACAAAACGUUUAAGCCGAUACACCGUUACAAAGAACACAAGACAUUCUUUUCAACACCAAGGAUGUUGACAAAUAGCCCAAAUAUUUUUACAUUUAUUUUAUGUAUAAUAUACGCUUUCAAAUAACCACAAUAGCCCAGUGGAUCAUUUUUAUAAUGAUCAAAAUAUAAUCAAUAAUUGAAUUCUAAUUAAUAGGUCGACAAUUGUACGACUUCACAACAAACAACAACAUUAGUAUUUAGAAUUUAAAACAGUUGCCAUUGCAAUAGUUUUAUAGUUCCAGGUGAAAUUGCAAAAUGUUAUACAGAUAUUGCAAGAUCUGUGUAUUAUUUUGCAAAUUUUCAUAAUAAGAAGAAUGUCAAGUGUUGCAGAAUAUUCUUUUAAUAUUAUCACUGUGUAUUAUAAGUGACAAUUAUUGUGGAGAGAGUUGUACUUUUAAUAUUGACUCUGUCCACAGAAAUUGUAAAAUUAAUAAACGUAUAAUCGUAAAGUAGGUAAGGUAUGGUAAGCUGAUUUUAAUGUACGUAAUUGUUUCAUUCUUGAAUUAAUAUUGGUAUUAUCGUGUAACAGUGAUAAUUACGUGUAUUUCAAAUGCACGUAAAUUUUUCUGUCACAAUAUACCAAUGUAAAUAGGAAAAAAAACACAAUGCAAUAGCCCAAAAAUUGUUUAUUAUUUUAUGUCGUGACAUUUGGUUGAUGAUGUGAGUUUUCAUUGAGUGUUGUUUUGAUGUGUGUAUUUUACUUUAGAAAUACAAAAAUUUUCGGCCAUUUUUUAUCAUUGAUUUUAUGGUGUGAAUCGCUAUGUACCAUCAAGAUGAAGAAGGUCUCCCGAUAUGAAAUAUGUUUUCUAGGAAACGUUAUUCUCUUAUUAGACUAAAAUUUUCGACUGACAAAAAUAAGAAUUUCGACAAUUGCAAUAAAACAUACAAACAAAAAGUGAACUGAUCGCUAUUUAUGUAAAAAAGAAAUUACCCUCGUAAAUUUAAUAAUUAUAAAUAAAUUUAAUAUAACAACAAAAGAAGUUCCUAUGAAUAUUGUAUAAAUGGUAUUGUUUUAAAUUUAGGUCUUAGUAGAAGGGAAAAAAGUUUAUGGACGUUUUGGUAUUUUUAAAGUUGUAAAUUUAAUUAAAAAAUCUCGUAUUAGGGAACUAAACUCGGUCGUGU